CACGAGUCUUUCCCGUUUAUGAAACAUUAUUAUGGGAUUUUAGUAUAAAUAGAAUCUCCGUGUAGUAUUCUAUCAUUCACUACAGAAACACCAGCGUUAACAUUAUGAAGGUUCAGAUUAUUGCGUGUUUGGCAAUCGUUGCAUGCUGUAAUGCAUCGCCAGAAGCUUUGUGGAAGUUGAUGCUUGAUCCUUCAAAUCUGCAGGCACCUACAGAAAAAAUUCCAGCUUUGGCCGAAUCGCUUGGUCUGUCAACAUUGGUAACAUUUGUCAAGAGAGCCGGUUUAGCCGACGCUUUAUCAGGAGCAGGUCCAUUUACCGUCUUCGGCCCAAACAACGCCGCCUUUGCCAAGUUACCCCCAGCACUCGUCCAGGAACUCCUAAAGAACAACACACUCUUAGCUGAAGUCUUGGAAUACCAUGUUCUUGGUGGUGCUGUCUAUUCUUCUGCUCUCUCAAAUGAACUUUUGGCUGCUACACUUCUUCCCAAUGAAAAAAUCCGAAUUAAUUUAUACAACAAUAACCAAAUUGCCACUGCUUCAGGAAGGCGAAUCGUCGCUGUUGAUCAAAAUGCUACAAAUGGUGUCAUCCAUACCUUAGAUUCCGUGAUGCUUCCUCCUGUAGGAACCGUCACCGGUCUUGUACAGGCAAUGGCUGCAUUCUCUACUUUGUUGAAGGCCGUUUCAGUCGCUGGUUUGGCUGAUACUCUGAAUGGCCCAGGACCAUUUACAGUAUUUGCUCCAACAAACGAAGCUUUCAGUAAACUUCCACCGGGAACUCUUCAGAAGCUAUUGAGCGACCCCAAAGCAUUAGCUAAUGUCUUGUUAUAUCAUGUUGUAAAUGGAACUGUCUACAGUGCUGGUCUUAUGGAUGGUGAAUCUGUUCCAACACUUAACAAAAAUGAUGUUAAAAUUUCAAUCUCACAAGGAGGCGUUAAAGUCAACAAUGCUAACGUUAUCAUGCCCGAUGUUUCUGUAACCAAUGGAGCCAUCCACGUCAUCGACACAGUUUUAAUUCCACCAUCAGAUUAUGAAAACAAAAUGUACUUCAUCCAAAACCUUAAAAGCAGUACUCGAUUGUAAAUAAUUUAUUAAUCAUUUUUUCAUAAUUUCAUUUUUAAACUGCAAAUAUUCACAUUUGUCUCAAUAGAAAAACAUAUCCCAUAUUGUUAUAAUUAUUACAAAGCUUACGAAAUACAAACAAAGUUUGCUCUAAAGAAUUUAUAUUAUAAUAUGUGCUUUUGUUUAUUCAUCUUUUUUGCUUAAAUCAUUUUUUUAUAUUCAAUAAAACAAAAAUAUUUAA